UAUUGUGUCAACUGUGUGACUGGGUAUGGUCUUGCAGCUGGAAAGUGUGCCAUAUGUCCAAUGGGAACAUACUACCUGAGGUCUGUGUGUCAGAGUUGUGGUGAGAUGGAAUACCAAGACGUUGAGGGACAAACCACCUGCAAGUUGUGCGACUCUUCAUGUGCAAGUUGCAAUGCAACAAAUGGAAAAUGUCUCAUAUGUGCUGCUGGAUAUGGCUUUGACAGUGGAGAGUGUACGUUGUGUGGCGACCUCACAUACUCAGAAGGCGGUGUUAUGCAGUGCCAACAGUGUUCCACUGAAUGCAAGAAGUGUGACAGAAAAAGUGGUGGGUGCACAUCAUGCGAAGUCGGCAACAAGAGAGUUAACAACAGCUGUGUGCCGUGUGCUCCAUCUGGAUAUUGCGAUUUGUGCACAGACGAGACAUCAGAUGGUAUUUGUGUAUCAUGUGAAGAUGGAUUUUAUUUGAAUGAAAGUGCCGAUUGUCAAAGAUGUGGUGAUAUUCAUAAAGACUGUCUGACGUGUUCUAAAACAAUAAAAAUGUGUCUCUCGUGUGCGGCCAACAUGAUAUCAACUGGCACCAGUUGUGUUGCAUGUGAAGCUGGGAUGGUCAAAGUCACAGAAACGACGUGCGACUACUCGUACAAUGUCAUCCCAAAGUGUCAGAUUGCAGACUAUGUCAAUAAUCAACACAUUUGCACUGCAUGUUUUGCGCCAUACGUCACUUCAAGUGACUUGAAGGCGUGCAAUUUGGGAUACACAACGACAACAUACUUCAACACAGAUGAUCACCAAUUACACACCAACAUGGUUGGGUGUAUCGACCAAAUCGAUACAACAUGUUACUUAUGUGAUACAACAACAAUGUUGUUAAACGGUGUUUGUAAUGAAAUGCACGAGAAGUGUGAGACAUACUCGCAACACGGUUGCGACAAA